AUGACAAAACUUCGUGUUGCUAUAAUUGGUGCUGGAUCGGCCGGUUUAGCAUCAGCAAAGUACGCAAAAGAAAUGGGAUUAGAAUGUGUAGUUUACGAACAGUGGUCCGAAAUUGGUGGCCUUUGGGUUUAUACGGAUUAUACGGAUUUUGAUGAAUAUGGAUAUCCAGUUCUAUCAGCUAUGUAUCAAGGAUUAACAACAAAUUUGCCCAAGAAUCUAAUGGGUUUCUCUGAUUUCCCAAUUCCAGAUGAUAAAAAUAGAUACUUAACACACAACGAGCUUAAACUGUUUCUUCAUUCUUAUGCUGAUCAUUUUCAAUUAAAGCCGUUAAUAAAGCUCAACACUUUUGUUAACUACAUAAAACCAGAUGAAAAUAAUAAUAAUAAAUGGAUCAUUGAAACUGAAUAUAAAUUAAAUGGCGAAACAACAGUUAAUAUUUUCGAUGCUGUUAUGAUAUGCACCGGACAUCAUCACACCCCAAAAAUUCCGGAUAUACCCGGUAUAAAUUCUUUUAAAGGGACGAUAAUUCAUAGCAGAAUGUACAGAUCGGCCAACAAUUAUAAAGGAAAAGUUGUACUAGUGAUUGGAGGAGGCGCUUCAGGCGUAGAUAUAGCCGAUCAAGUAUCUGCUGUUGCUAAAAAUGUCGUUUUUAAUUUCAAAAAAGUAAUAAGGCAAAUAGAUUACAGAAAUAAUGUCAUCGUUAAAGAAGGAAACAUCGCUAAAAUCAAUGAAUUAUCGGUAACUUUUAGCGAUAAAUCAACAAUAUAUAUAGAUUCAAUCAUAUUAUGUACAGGCUACUAUUACAAUUACUCAUUUCUUGAUAAAUCGUGUGGAAUAACCGAUGGAAACUUUGUUCAACCACUUUACAAGCAUGUAAUCAAUAUAAAUAACCCAACGAUGGCUUUUAUCGGUGUAACAAUCUAUGUGUGUCCGUUUGUAACGUUCGAAUUACAAGCAAGAUUUUUCAUAAAUUGUCUCUUGGGAAUUGCAAAACUUUGUUCUCAAGAAGAAAUGCGAAAAGAUUACAAAUUAGAUCUACAAAUUCGUUUUCCCAAUGGUUGUAACGGACGAGAAUAUCAUAAAAUACACGAUCGUCAACUAGAGUAUUCCUCUGAAUUGGCACGCCUCGGAAAUACUUUCGGAGUUUCGAAAGAGUUGAUCGAGAGUUACAUUAAAAAUUAUAAAAUAUUUACUAGUGUACGCGGUAGUUUUAAAGAUAAAUAUUAA